AUGAGUUAUGAGUAUGAUGGCUUGGAUAGUCUUGAGAGGAUAACUGUGGCAAAGUUGUUCGACAUUGUUUACAAUUCCACGGAUAUUGGUUUGUUGAGCCCGUAUACUAUCCUCUCAAAAUAUACUGAUGAAGAUGUGAUGGCCUUUCUCGAUAAAGCUAACAAGGAACUUUUACAGUUUGAUCCAGAAAUCGAGAAGACUGCUAAGAGGAAUUGGAAGCAAACCAGAGCAAGAAAGAUAGAGGAAUCCUCGAGUUCAGUGCCGAAAGUCGAGCCUAAGAUGGCCGCUAAUAAUCAACAACCUCCUGCGGAGGAAUUGAUGGAGUCAAUCUUGGCUCCAAUGUUUACAAGGCCAAAUUCAAGCAUCAUCAGACCACCAGUCAACGCCAAUAAUUUUGACAUCCAGCCAGCACUUAUAAACUUGGUUGAGAAAAAUCCAUUUGGCAGAGAAGACUAUGAAGACCCCCCUGAUUUCAUAGACAGAUUUGUGAGAAUCUGUGAUACAACCAAGCAUAACGGGGUGUCAGAUGAUGCAAUUAGACUCAAACUAUUCCCUUUUGCUGUAACAGGGACAACUCUGAGACGGUUGGAUAGACAAGCCCCCAACAACAUCACAACGUGGGAUGAAUUGGCUGCUAAAUUCUUUGCAGAGCACUUCUGCAGGGAGAAAUACAACAAGUUGGUGAAUGAGAUCACCAACUUUACUCAACAUCCGGGAGAAACUUUAUGUGCAGCUUGGACCAGGUUCCAAGAAUUGAUUAGGAAGUGUCCCCAGUACGACUUGUCGGACGGAAAGAAGGUAAGAGUCUUCUAUAACGGAAUGAUGCCAGAAUCCAGAAUGGUGGUUAAUGGUGCAGCUGGAGGGACCAUAGAAAAGAAGACAACAGCUCAAACUAUAGAGUUGAUUGACUUCAUGGCAAGAGCUGAUAAUGCAUCAAUGACAAUUCCACCUGUUCAACUAAUUCAACCAAGAAAGGGAAUCCUGCAGUUGGGGAACAAUGAUGCAUCACUUGCAGAACAAAAGAUCCUAUCUCAACAAAUAGCAAUUAUGAAUGCUAAGUUAGACAAGUUACAACUAUUUACAGCUCAAAUUGACUCGGUCAACUGCGAGUAUUGUCAAGAGAAACAUGAUACUAACAUUUGCCCAACAUUGGUAGGAUCAGAUGCUUUACAAGUCAAUGGAAUCUGGUACGAACCAAAACCACAACAGAAUUAUGGAAGAAACCAGAACAGUGCUACAGGGAACAACUUGCAAAAGAGAGUGCAAGGAACAGGUUUGGAUUACAAAUCCAACAACUAUUUGCAACCUUCACCAGUCCCACAAACUCAAAUAUCUGAACUGGAGAGAGCACUGAUACAGUUGACGAAAAAUACUGACAUAUUCAUGAAUGAGACAAGGGCUCAUCACAAAAACCAAGAUGCAUCUAUGAGAAACUUGGAAAACCAGAUAAGAGAACUGUCAAAACAGCUUCAAGAAAGGACUAAAGGGAAGUUUCCAAGUAACACAAUAAUCAAUCCACGAGAAGAUUGCAAAUCAAUUGUUACAAGAAGCGGAAUUGUCAUCACUCCUCAAGAAAAACCAAAGGUGGUUCAGCAAAAGAAAGCAGACGAACCAGUUCUUCAACCGGUGAUAGAAAAAGAGGAGGAAACACCUACAAAGGAAGACAAAGAGGAAGAAAAGGGGAAAGCUGUCGAGACUCCAAAGAAGCAAUGUGAUUUGUCUCGCUUUGAGAAACCACCUUAUCCCAUAAAGUCAAGGCAAGCACAGAAGCAACAACAAGCCAGGUUUUUAGAAAUAUUUAAAAAGUUGCAAAUUAAUAUUCUCUUUGCUGAAGCUUUAGCUAACAUGCCUAAAUAUGCUAAGUUUAUGAAAGAACUCUUGUCUAGAAAGCAUAAGUUGCAGGAAUGUGAAACAGUUGCUCUAACCGAAGAGUGUAGUGCCAUAAUCCAGAAGAAGUUUCCCCCAAAGCUUCAAGAUCCAGGGAGUUUCAACAUCCCGAUUGCGAUAGGCAACAUUGAUGUUGGCCAGGCAUUAUGCGAUCUUGGAGCAAGUAUUAACCUUAUGCCGCUAUCUGUGAUGAGGUCUCUUGGAAUUUCUGAGUUGAAGCCGACAACACUAUCGCUCCAACUUGCUGACAGAACGUUGAGAAGACCGAACGGAGUAAUUGAAGACGUACUUGUCAAAGUGGAAAAGUUCAUCUUCCCUGCUGACUUCGUAGUCCUUGACAUGGACGAAGGAGGAGACAUGCCUCUUUUGUUGGGUAGGCCAUUCCUUGCUACAGCAAGAGCCUUGAUAGAUGUGGAAAACGGAAAGCUGGAAUUGAGAAUGGACGACGAAAAAGUCACUAUCGAUGUGUUCAAAGUUAUGAAGCAUGCAGGAGAUAAUGGUGACUACUUUCGUUUAGACAUUCUUGAAGCACUCCUCCUUGAACAAGAAGAUGAUCAGACUCUUGAAGAAGAGAAAGAAUUCUUUAAUGAAAACCCUCCGAAGGAAAAUGCUGAAAUUCCGACAGAGGAGUUGAAAAAGAAAAAGUCAGACACAAUAAAAGAAGCACCUGAGGUGGAGCUAAAAGAGCUUCCAUCCAAUCUAAAAUACAUUUUCUUAGGAGAUAAAGAAACGUAUCAUGUCAUCAUCAACAAAGUGCUAUCUGAAACUGAAGAAUCAAAGUUGAUGAAAGUGCUCAAAGACCAUCAAACAACCAUUGGAUGGUCAUAUCUGAUCUAA